AUGCUGUAUUUUUUGUCUGUUUCUUUCUUUCUUUCUUUCUUUCUUUCUUUCUUUCUUUCUUUCUUUCUUUCUUUCUUUCUUUCUUUCAACCAAUCGCAGCAUAAUUUGGUUUUACUUUCUGUCUUUCUUUACAUAUUUUCAUUUUUCUCAUCCAGUCUGUCUUUUAUGGUUGGACUUAUAUUUUCUUCCAUUCAUCUUUCUUUCUUUCUUUCUUUCUUUCUUUCUUUCUUUCUUUCUUUCUUUCUUUCUUUCUUUCUUUCUUUCUUCAUUCAGUGUUCUUAUAAUUGCUUUAUUUUCUUUUUUGUUUUCUUUCUUUUUUUGUUUAUUUGUAUAUUCUUUUUUUCUUAUAUUCGUUCUUUCUUUCUUUCUUUCUUUCUUUCUUUCUUUCUUUCUUUCUUUCUUUCUUUCUCUUUCUUUUCCCCCCUCUGUAUUCCGUUCUUUUAUUCUUUCUCCGUUUCAUCUCGUUUUUGUUUCUUUCUUUAUGCUUAUAUUUUUUUUUCUUUUCUUAUAUUCUUUAUUUCUUUUCCUUUCUCAUUCUUUCUUUCUUUCUUUCUCUCUCUCUUUCUUUCUUUCUUUUCUCUCUUUCUUUCUUUCUUUCUUUCUUUCUUUCUUUCUUUCUUUCUUUCUUUCUCUCAGAAUAUUUCUUUAUCUCAUUCCUCAUUUCUUUUCUACUUCCUUUUUCUUUCCUUAUUUUUUUCUUUCAUUGAUACUUUAUGUAUUUUUUGGUUUUCUUGUUUCAGCCUUUCUAAUAUUCUUUCUUUCAUUAGACUCAGUUCCCCGUUUUCGUUUGGAAAAUUGUUAUUAGAAUGA